AUGCUCCUCUGCCGCACAUCGGGCUCAGCAGCCCCGGUGGCGGCUUGCUCGGCUCGCGAGCCUGUGCCGUACGUGUCCCUCUCGCAGCACGGGAAGUGCGAGGAAGCAGCCUAUGAGGAGCGGCGUUACCCAGCUGGGAAGUGGGCGUGUGUCACCAAGGGGGAGCCCAUGUAUGAGCAGAGCAUCUCCAUGAGCUUCAUGAAGCUCAUGCGCUACAUCUGCAAAGAGAACUCAGUAGGUUGCUAUCUGGGCAUGACAGUCCCGGUGCUCAAUGAAAUCCACCUGACCAAAGAUGAGACCGAGCUGGAGCGUGAGGUCGUAACUGCCUAUUAUCUCCCAGGAGAGUUCCAGCAAAAUCCUCCUGUUCCCAUGGAUCCUGAAAUCCACAUCACUGAGAGGGCACCGCUCCGGGUUAUAACCAGGGUUUUCUAUGGGAUGACCACUGAAGAGACAAUUCUGCGGGAGAUCAAUCUCUUCUGGGAGCUCUUGGGCUCCACAGACACUGUGCUCCGGGAAACCUACAUUGUGGCUUCUUAUGAAAAUCCCAGCAUCCCUCAGCGCCGCAAUGAGAUCUGGUUCAUCUGCCGAGCAGAGUGAGUCCCCUCUGUGACUGCAAACCGUCCUGUGACUGGACCUGGUGCAGAUGGCAGUUCUGACCCAAAGAAGAUGGAGCAUGUUCUGACCCACUAUUCACCCACAAAAUGACAGACCAAGAGACUGCAGGGUGGGUUUGCAGCCUGCCCUGCAAGGGUUCUGUCAGGGGAAAUCCUGCCUGAUCUGCACUUCACCUGCCCCCACAGGGGCCAGCUGAGGCUGGAGCUGGCACCAGGGACAAUCUCUGCAGCAAGCUCCUGGUGGGAAGCAUAUGGUGGGGGGUCAUUGAGGCAGUAACCAUGUGGGCUUGUGCAAUGUGCUAGCCUGACCUGUGCUCCUCUCAGCUCUGAGCUGGGCUUGCAGAGCUGUGCCAGGUAUGCCAGUGGGGCUUGUGGUUGGCAGAAGCACAAGCUGAUGGUGUCUAGAAAGCAAAUGACUGUGUAUAAGGUGUGGGGCUCUGUGUGGCCUCUGGCCUGCUUCCUGUGAGAAUGGCUGCCUGUCCCGAACAGAGCCACUGAAAUGCUGCUACGGGAACAGUGGGAUUUGAAGGGGGAAAAGGCUUGAAUUCAGGUGGGAAUCCUGAAUGCUUCCUGCCGGGGUGGCUCUCUUUGUACUGUUGGAUGCCUCCCUGGCUGUCACUCAACAGUCGUCAGCCAGGACUGGGGCGCUGGCAGCCUUUGUCCAUCCAGGUGCUGUUUUGCAGACCUGCUGCUGAGAGGGACAGGUGCUGACAGCAGCAGGCGUGGCACCACUGUGUGUUGUGCAUUGAUCAGUAAGUUUCACAUCCAUGAAUACCGUCAUGCUUUCCUGGGGGAAGCUGGCAAUGCCAACAGUAAAUAAACCCAGCUCAAACCACUGCAGCUACGGAUCACUGAUGGUGGGGAUGUGGGGUGGCUUGGGAAGAGGCUUGCUGUCUCCUUCCUGAAGAUGCUCCAGGCUGCAAAGCUGUGGCUAAUUUGAAGGGCUCUAAUGUUUGCCCAGGUUAUGACCCUGUGUUAAGCCAAGCACAGCUUCUGCACUGCUGCACAUGCUGCUUCUGUUGCUACUGCAAACAACUCUGGGCACGCUCCCCUGCCAGUAAGGUGCUUUGCUGUUGGAUGGGGUCUGCUCUAGCCUCAUUUUUCUCCAUGCAAAAUGUGGAUCCUUUGGCUGUACUGCACAUGGGCUCCUGAUCUUUGGGGGUGAGAAUUCUAAUGUGACUGUAUGUCAUGCUGGUUGGCCGCAGAAACACGUACUUCUGUAGGGAUGUGUUUAACUGGCUUGGUGUCAAGGGACUUGUGACUGCUUCUGACCCAGUUCCCAAGGGGUUUCCUCCUGCUGUGACUGAAUGUGUGCUGUGUGGCUCGCUGCCUGCUGCUCAGACUCUGGCUCUGGCCCUUUGGCCCUACACUGCAGCUGGAGGGUAGGAAUGGGGGGAAAGCCAGGGCCAGCUCUGUGGUCUCACUGCCUUUAGCAGCACGGGUGGCUUCUGCCACUCCUUUCUUCAGUCAGAUGCUGUUCACUGGCCUCUCCAGGCUGCCUUGCCCUCUGGCAGCAAGGAGUCUGGCUACCUAGCUGGUGGCUGUGGGGAGAGUGGGGCUGAGCACGUUACAUCCUUCCCUGCAAGGGAGCAAGGAAGCUUCAGGCAGAGUCUGGGCAAGCACAGCAAGGGCAGACAGUGGUUUCCUGGGUAUCUUAUGGUGCAGUUCUUGUUCCUGGGGCACUAAAGGCAAUAUGGAGUGGGGAGAGGCAGUGACAGCCUGCAGCUCUGAGGCUGAUGUGGUAAGUGCUCCUCAGACAAGUCAUGAUACCUGGGUCAGCAGUGCUGAACUCACUUUCUCUCCUGGGGAAAAAGCAGCAAUGCUCUUAUGUGAGGCUCAGGUCAGGUGGCUCAGUAUCAGUGGGAGAGAAAGUCUGCCAGUGUGUGUGGGACAGAGACACUUUCUCUU